AUGGCACCCCGCGGGUCGCUGCUGCUGCUGGCGCUGCUGCUGCUGAGCUGCGCCCUGCCCCGCGGCCGCGGCCAGCACUGGUCCCACGGCUGGUACCCGGGGGGCAAGCGGGACCUCCGGGCCCCCAGCGACCCCCAGGUCCCGUCCCCUCUCGGGCGCUGCCGUCCCCUCCCGUGUCCCCCCCGGCGGGAGGAGCAGCUGCCGGGUGUUGGGGCUGGGAGCACUGUGGGGCAGGGAAGAGUGUGGAUGGUGGGACUGGAUUCACCGUGGGGCAGGGUGCUGGGGCUGGCUCUGCUGUGGGGCAGUCUGGGGAGAGCCCGCUGUGCUCCCAGCCCCGGGCAGGAGCUCAGUGCCCUCCCCUCCUCCCGCAGGGCGGAGUUCAGGGCCGAGGUGCUGCAGAUGAAGCGGGAGGAGCGCCUGGCUGCCGAGGGCUCGCCGGAGGAGCAGGAGGAGCACCGGCGGCUGAUGGCCUGGAACGAGGAGGAGAACGCCCGGCAGAGGGCUCGCAGAGAGGAGAGACUCAGGAAAGAAGAGGAGGAGCAGAAGAGGAGGAAGUCAGAGAUUGCCGAGAAACAGGCCAGGAAAAUGGAGGCUUUCCUGGAGGAGAAGGAGAAGGAGGUUCUCCAGCUGCAGGAGGAAGCCAAAAACUUCAUCACCCCCGAGAACCUGGAGGCACGGAUCGAGGAGUGCCUGGACAACCCACGGAACUACAACUUCGCCAUCGACAAGGACGGGCGGAUCGUCAAGCGCACGGUGCUCUCAUAGCACCCUGGCAGGGGGCUCCCGGCCUGCCUUGUGUCCAGAGCCCCCCAGAAAACACAGAUCCUUCCUUGGAAUGUGUAAAUUGGCAACAGAAGUGGUGGAGAAGGGGUCUGGCUGUGCUGCCUCCAAAGGGUUAACCCCUGUGGGAAAAGGGGGUGAGGGGAAACUUGGAGGCUCCAGCAGCCUGGCUCAGCCCUGUUGCUGUGCCUGUGAUCCCACCUCCCACGUGUUUGGAUCCCUGCUGCCUUCACACACAGCGUAGGAGCAGGAGCAGUCCCGAGGCAGAGCCUGGCUCAGCUCCUCGCUGUCAGCUCCUCUGGAUGCUUCCAAAAGCAAACGAGGGCUGAAUGAAUUUGUAGGAAACACUGACCUUCCCUUUUUUGUUGUUGGGGGAAGGAAUUAAUUGUAAUCUUGAUUUCACACUUCAAACCCUCCUUUGCACAUCCCUUGGUGUGGCUGAAUAAGAAAAUGUGUCUGAAUGA